CAGCAGCAAAGCCGAGCACCGCACCGCACCGCGAAGCCGAGCAAAACCGCGCGCGCGCGCCCGCGUGCAUGCGUACUGCAGAGGAAUAGAAGGAGAAAGAGGUGGUCACCGCGCCAGGUGAUCACCGGCCCGCGGCGGGCGCGCGAGCGUACGACAAGCCGAGCCAGCCCACGGUGCGCGGCGGGGAGGGGAGCUGAGCUUGCGUAUCAUAAUACAGGCGGACGCACCGCAACUACCAUUGCAGCCCCCACCGAGAGCCCCGGGUUAUUUUUAUUCUGCUUCGCCUCCUUCUUCCUCUUGCACGUCUCGCGGGCGGGCGCGGGGCGGGGCGCGGGGAGCGGCCAUGUGGACGCCGUCGCGCGGGAGCAACGCGCGGCGGACGGGCCACCGGCGCAUCGCGGAGUGCCUCGCGGACGACCAGACCACCAACACCGACACCUCCGACAACGAGUCCUUCACCACCGCCUAUGGGGACGAGUUCUUCGCCGGGGGGAGCGGGGGCGGGGGCAUGCUCCCGGCAUUCCUCGCCGACCAGGGGGACCUGGUGGAGGUCAUGCUGGAGCUCGACGAGGAGUCCAUGGUGGUGCGCAGCGUCACGCCCACCAGGGCCGCGCUCUACAGCGCCGCCGCGAUGCCGCACACGCCGGAGGCGCCGGGGGGCGGCCCCCUCAGCCGCUGCUCCUCGACGUCCUCGCGGAUACGGAAGAAGUUCGCGUGGCUGCGGUCGCCGUCCCCCGCGCCCUCGCCCUCGCCGCGCGUGCCCACGCCCGCCGAGCUGCAGCGUGAGGCGGCCAUGGCGGCCCGCGAGCGCCGCCGCAUCCAGGCGCGGGUCAACCGGUCGCGCGCCGGCGCCAAGCGCGCGCUCAAGGGCCUCCGCUUCAUCAGCCGCACCACCGGCUCCCUGGAGGCCGCCGAGCUCUGGCGCCGCGUCGAGGAGCGCUUCAACGCCCUCGCCCACGACGGCCUCCUCUCCCGCGACAACUUCGGCGAAUGCAUCGGAAUGGUGGACUCGAAGGAGUUCGCGGAGGGCAUCUUCGACGCGCUGGCGCGGCGGCGGCGGCAGAACCUGGAGCGGAUCACCAAGGAGGAGCUCUACGACUUCUGGCUCCAGAUCUCCGAUCAGAGCUUCGACGCGCGGCUCCAGAUCUUCUUCGACAUGGUGGACACCAACGUGGACGGGAGGAUAACGAGGGAGGAAGUACAGGAGCUGAUCGUCCUGAGCGCGUCGGCGAACAAGCUCGCGAAGCUCAAGGAGCAGGCGGAGGAGUACGCGUCGCUCAUCAUGGAGGAGCUCGACCCGGAGAACCUCGGCUACAUUGAGCUGUGGCAGCUGGAGACGCUGCUGCUCCAGCGCGACACGUACAUGAACUACAGCCGGCCGCUGAGCACGGCGAGCGGCGCGCAGUGGAGCCAGAACCUCGGCGUCGGCGCCAGCGGGGCCGUGCCGCACGCCGCCAAGGGAGAGGACGACGACGGCAGCGGCCCGCAGACGUGGGGGGAAGAGAUGAGGGAGCGGCGGCGCGGGUGGGGCCGCGGCGUGGCCAAGGCGGCGUCGCACGUGCGCGUGGCGGCGGAGGAGAACUGGCGGCGCGCGUGGGUGCUGGCGCUGUGGUUCGCGGCCAUGGCGGCGCUGUUCGUGUGGAAGUUCGUGCAGUACCGGCGGACGGCGGCGUUCCAGGUGAUGGGGUACUGCCUGCCGACGGCCAAGGGCGCCGCCGAGACGCUUAAGCUCAACAUGGCGCUCGUCCUCCUCCCCGUCUGCCGCAACACGCUCACGUGGCUCCGCUCCUCCUGGGCCCGCUUCUUCGUCCCCUUCGACGACAACAUCACCUUCCACAAGAUGAUCGCGACGGCGAUCGUGGUGGGGAUCACGCUGCACGCGGGGAACCAUCUGGCGUGCGACUUCCCGCGGGUGAUCGCGUCGGGGCCGGAGGAGUACCGGCUGGUGGCGGGCGCGUUCGGCGCGUCCAAGCCGACGUACGGGCGGCUCAUCUCCGGGGUGGAGGGCGUGACGGGCAUCGCCAUGGUGGUGCUCAUGACCGUCUCCUUCACCCUGGCCACCCACCCUUUCCGCAAGGGCGAGAAGGAGGCGUCCGCGUCCCGGCUGCCGGCGCCCCUCAACCGCCUCGCCGGCUUCAACGCCUUCUGGUACUCCCACCACCUCCUCGGCAUCGUCUACCUGCUCCUCCUCGCCCACGGCUACUUCCUCUUCCUCGUCCGCCGCUGGUACGAGAAAACGACAUGGAUGUACAUUUCUGUCCCUCUGCUGCUCUAUGUCGGCGAAAGGAUGCUGCGAGCCUUGCGGUCGAAUGCUCACCCUGUCAAAAUCCUCAAGGUAUUGCUUCUACCUGGAAGUGUACUGACAAUACAAAUGUCAAAGCCCUACGGAUUUCGAUAUAGGAGUGGACAAUAUAUCUUUCUUCAGUGCCCGAUGAUCUCUCCAUUUGAAUGGCAUCCUUUCUCCAUCACCUCAGCUCCUGGAGAUGACUACCUCGCUGUUCACAUUCGCACAAACGGAGACUGGACGCAAGAGCUCAAGCGCAUAUUUGUCGAGAACUACUUCUCGCCGCACAUGAACAGAAGAACUUCAUUCAGCGAGUUAGGCGCGGCAGAACCUAGACCCACUCCCGCACCAAAAUUGCUCGUUGAUGGUCCAUAUGGCGCGCCUGCACAGGAUUUCAGAAACUACGAUGUUCUGCUUCUAGUAGGCCUUGGAAUUGGAGCAACACCGUUCAUAAGCAUUCUAAAGGACCUACUUAACAAUAUUAAGCUAGCUGAUGAGCUGAUGGACUUGGCAAUGGAGACUACUCAAACUAGUAGGUCUGAAGACAGUGCCAACAGCUUCAGUGUCUCAACAGCUAGCAGCAACAGGAAGAGAUCAUAUAGAACAAGCCGCGCACAUUUUUACUGGGUUACUCGCGAGCCCAUGUCAUUUGAAUGGUUCAAAGGAGUGAUGAAUGAGGUUGCCGAAAUGGACAAGAAGGGUGUCAUAGAGUUGCACAAUUAUCUUACGAGCGUGUACGAGGAGCGUGAUGCACGAACAACUCUGUUGUCGAUGGUCCAAGCUCUAAACCAUGCCAAACAUGGUGUCGACAUCGUGUCGGGCACCAGGGUGAGGACACACUUUGCCAGGCCAAACUGGAGGGAAGUCUUCACCAAAAUCGCAGCUAAGCAGCCGAAUUCAACAGUUGGAGUGUUCUACUGUGGCGCGCCGACGCUGGCCAAAGAACUGAAGAACCUGUCGCACGAGAUGAGCCACAAGACGUCGACGCGCUUCCAUUUCCACAAGGAGUACUUCUGAUGGGAAGAAGCAUUGUUCUUCUGAUCUGCAUAGCGUUAGGCACCGGUAAAGAAGAAGGAAUUUUUUGCACAGAAGCAAAGCAAACUGACCUCUCUCUCUUCCUGAUCUGGAACUGUACAUAGUAUAAAGAAGAACAGCCUGUUAGGGGAGGGUAGUUAGUGCCAUUUAUAUAUUAUUAACAAAAAAGAAAGUAAAGCAAGGCUGCUGUAUCCAAAAGGAGAAGGAAGGAGGCAGGGUAAAGAGUUGGGUUAAAUUUCAGAUAUACUAAUAUACAUGUACACAGUAUAGUUUUAGGUAGUUACGUAUGAAAUGCUAGCUAAAGCAUAUUUACAAGGGCCGGAGGCUGCCAUUCUGAAUGUAAAUCUUCCGGGCAUUCAUUCAUGUGUGCAUCUGUGCCUGUCGGCUGCUGAUAAUAAACUAUUCGGGAAUGCGAUCUUC